GAAAAGAAAGUCAAGCACUCAUCUCAUGGGAUUUGGUUCAUACUUAUCAAAGGUUCCUCUGCUCCCGUGUAAGUGGGCUGGUCUCUAUGUGAUAAGGUCUUUGGACAGUGUGGGAGUUGAGCAAUCACACGACUGCUUCAACUACAAGCCAGCACAGAACUUCCUUCCUCCCCUGUUCCAACAAAAAAAAAAACCACAGUCAGCUGGAGGCCUUUAUAAAUGGGGUCUAUGUUCACCUCUCAGUCACUGGAUCAGACGCGGAUCGUCGAGAACAGAGUUUCACACCAUCGUCUGCUUUUCUAACAUCGACAUCAUGAGUCCUAGGAAACAAUCUCUACUGAUUUGCGUGGUUUUCCUCUGCGGGCUGGAGGACGCGGUGCUCGCCCAGCACAGGCACUGCGCAGACGAUCGGUGUGUUGAACUUUUAAGCAAGCCCGAGGACUUUCAGGGGGCGCAGAGCAGCUGCAGAGACUCGGAGGGAACGUUGCUCACGAUCAGCUCGGAACAAGCGGUGGAGACAUUAACGGGUCCACUGAGCGGACGCAGCGGGAGUUACUGGCUCCAGCUGCACAGCACAGACCGACGGGUGGAGGAAUCACAUCUUGUAAACUGCUCCUCCGUCUCCGUGUCGGGGGGAGGGGACAUCACGGUUUCCUGGAAGCAAUGCGGCGACGAACUGGACGGGUUUCUGUGCCAGUACGUGCUCCAGGAAUCUUGCAGUCGCCUCGAGGCACACGGGGGCGCGCAGGUGAGGUAUACCACUCACCAUAUGGGAUUCGACGUCAUCGAUUCUGAAGUGUUUCCAUCAGGAACCAUCGCUGUGGUGGAAAAGGUCGGUGAACACUAUCUGGACUCGAAACAUCUGUGUUAUAAGGAGUGGAAGUCUGCUCCCUGGAACUGUGAGGUGCUGCAGGGCGGGUGCGAGCACGGCUGCAACUCCACAACACACACCUGCACCUGCCCCCAGGGACAAAUCCUCCAGCCCAACCGCAUCACCUGCGCCAAGGACCCGUGCGCCGACUGCGCAGAGGAUUGCCGAUGGAGUGGCGUUUCUUACGAGUGCGCGUGCGCUAACAACGGGUACAUGCUGGCGCAGGACGGGCAACGCUGCGUGGACGUGGACGAGUGCGAGGAGGACGACGACCUGUGCGCAGGCGAGGGCGAGGAGUGUUUCAACACAGAGGGAGGGUACCAGUGCAGGUGCACAGAGGGCUUCGAGGAGGAGGAUGGGGCGUGCGUGGACGUGGAGAUCUGCCUGAAGUGCGAGCAUAUGUUGUGUGUGAAGACCACUGGGGUGUACGGGUGUGCAUGCCGGGAAGGGUUCAGGGUGUCAGCCGAAGACCCCACCAAGUGCGAGAGACACUGCGGCGAGAGAGACUGUCCGGCCGUGUGCCACCAAAACACUGAUAAGAGGAAGCCGGACAUGGUCCAGUGCGAAUGCCCCAAGGGCUACAUUAAAGAUAUGCGGAACAACGAGACCAUUUGCACGGACAUCGACGAGUGUGAGAUGUCAAGUUAUUGUGACCAAAAGUGUGAAAACACGUUCGGUGGUUACAGAUGUUCUUGCCAGGACGGCUUCAGGCUGCAGGAUGACAAGUGUGUGGCGGAGACGGAGGAGGAGAAGGGGGAGAUGGGGGAGAAGGGGGAGGAUGGGUCAGGAGCCACCGCUCAGCCUGCGGUGGUGCCAUCCUACAUCAAGACAGGCAGCGUCCUGGGCAUCACCGUGUUCAUGGCACUUGGCGCGACGCUGCUGUGUCUGCUGGUGCGCACCGUGGUGAAACGCUGCGGCAGGUUCGAGCUCUCCUCCUUCAGACAUCCAGACAUAGAUGUGUUUUACCUGCAGCAGGUGACCACGGAGACCUACAAGAGGUUGUCCUUCGACAAACAGAUUAAAAGUGACUUGCAACGACUGUGAUCUGGAGCAUAAGGCACAUGGGACUUUUUGUUUUCACAGGUAUCCAGAAAUGGUUCAUACAAAUCUCGUACAGCAGCGAUGGAUGAGGUCAAAUAAGAGUUUAAAGAGAAACAGCUUCAAGGAUAUGUGAUAGAUUUAUAUAUACAAUUCGCUAUUAAAUACCCUCAUGGCUAUAAAUCACUAAUCCUGAUUAUUCAGAGUCAAACAAGAUGCCGUAAAGGUACUGAAAGUUAGUCUAGUCAUUUUAUUCUAAUUAUUCAUAGGUGGUGGAAGUACUCAAGCGGUAUAAGCAAUGAGUAGAAAUAAAUAGACAAAAAUGUACUCAAAAGUAAAACUACCACAGAUGUCACACAAUAGGUUUUUAAAAUGCGAUUUAAUAUUAAGUAGAGAUAUUUGCUGACAAAUCUAGCAAAGUUGAAGUGAAAAUCACCCCCGAAAAGUUGAUCUACUUAAAUAAAGUACAGAUACAUGAAAAAUUUACUUCCUAAAUGUGUACUUAGUUAUAUCCCACCGCUGAUUUCAGUUCCCUUAACAGUGUCAAAACUCCAUCAGUGUAAAUGAAAGGUUUUGUUACUGUCACUGGAGUAUUAUCUCUUGCAUUUAUAUUUCACUUUAUUUAGUUCACACAUACACACAGCUUUUUAUAUUGAAUUUUUUAUAACAAGAAAUUGCCCUUGUCUUUGCUCAACAUUUGUACUUUACAUCGUAUGUUUUAUUCCACAUAUCAGCUGUUACACUGUAUUUUAUCUUAUAAUAAGCUCACACUGGACAUUCUUAUUAUCGAUUAAUGGAGCCAAAAAGAAGAAGCAGGUUUCUGAUUAGUCAGCACUGGCAUUGGACCACUAUUAGUUUUAAGGCUGCACUGGUUGCCACUGGAACUGUUUGUGAAGCAUGCAUGGCAGCAUGCUUUGAGGUUUUUAUAAAAACAGCCCUGGACUGUUCUUGCACUGCAGACAUGCUGCACCAGCUGUACUUUGAUACCACUGACAUUAUCCUGAGGCUGUAUGUUAUUCACUGUGUACCAGGCUGCUGCUGAGGGAUCUGCUAAACACAAAUGUAAUACUGUGCUGCUAACUUCUUCAUAUGUCACAGAAAAACACCCAGUCUCUUUGUCUGUAUAACAGGCUCACUGCAAGCUUUUUAUUUAUUUAUUUUAUUUCUAUUGAUUAAUGAUACUGUAAAUUUAAAAAAAACUGCAGCUAAAGGUUGUAUUAUGAUUAUUUUCCAUUACCAGAGGUUUUUUGUUACGUGGAUAGUGGGAGGGGAGGUAUUGAUUCAUUCUUUUAUUCAUUGAAUUAUUCGUGUUUUUUCUUUUUUCUACACCCAGAUCUAUUUCUUUUUUUGUUUCAAUUCCUUUUCCACAAACCUCCCUGCAGAUUUAACCCACAAAUUGCUGCUGUAUAUUUACAUUUAUACUGUACUACUAUAUACAUUUAGCUGACUCUAUUCACAGCAAUUUGCAGUAAGCCCACAAUAUUGGAAUAAGACUCAUGAGCAAUUAUAACCUUAUGCGUGCAGAGCAUAAUCUAAAGGUGCCUGGGUAACUGCCUGUUUGCCCCUCUUUGGCUGAGCUGCCCGUCUUUAUUAUUGUGGCUGCAUAAAUUUUAUAGUCGGUAAAGUUUGACCAAAUCAAAUCCCACAAAAGUUAUUUAAAAAGAUACAAAGCGAGGCCUUGUGGCCCUUAUCACCAUAUUUAUGUGGUGAUUGAAAGUGUGAAAAGGGUUGACUUUUUUAAGAUUGAAGCGAUGGCCCCUCAGAAUGUUGGUGCACAGAAACUGAACUCUUACUCUAUAAGAAUCUCAACGUCUGACCCUUACCACUUUUCAUCCUCUGUUGCAUUAUCUCUGUUUCCUCUCCUCUCCUUAUACCUUGUCCAAUAAAUGACAGU